GAUUAUCAAUAAUUCAUGAUGUACCAUCAAAGGUAAACUUGGAAGUUUGUAUAGAGGCAGUCUUUCUCCAACAGUGUAGUUUAAUUGAAUAUUAGGUAUUCAUUUGAUUAACAAAAUUAAUACUCCCCUGUAUUUGAAAUGGCCACUGCAUGUGAAGUUUGCAAUGAAGAUUUUGAUUCAAAAGACCACAAGCCGCUUUGCCUGACUUGUGGUCAUUCAUUUUGUUUCUCCUGCAUUUCAAGCUUACUUAAAAUUUCUGGAACCAAGUGCUGUCCUAAAUGCAGGAAGAAAAUUGAUAAGCCUGCUAAUGAAUUGUUGGUUAACUACAUGUUGAUUCCCUCAAAAAAUGAGGCAUGUAAAAGGAAACGAUCCACAGAAUCAGAGCGUCUCUGCUCUCAACAUGAGAGGCAUCUGGAUUACCUAUGUGUAAACUGCAUUGAACUUGUCUGUUUUACAUGCUCAAGAGGCUUACAUGGCAAACACAAAAUUGAGGUGUUAAAUGACCUCCAGAAUGCUGAUGUGGACUUGAAGGCCAAAAUACGGGCCUUACUGAUAGAAAAAAUUCAGCGACUGAAGAAAACUUCUCGGGUAUCUGGCGGUACUUUGACUUUGAUGGAUGAUAUCAUGGAUCUGAGGACUGAUGUGGCGAGAUGGGAUGGUUCUCUUCAUGACCAAAUAAUUUCAACCAGUCAAGAUCUCAAGGCUUGGGACGACUUGGCCUCCGGUGUUGGCAGAAAAAAUAGUGUCCAAUGUGAGGAAAUUCUACAUCGUCUGAAAUCAGAACCUUCAGGAAAUAUGUUACCUGAAAUCAAAAAGCUGCUGGAUUCUGCAACCCAGACUUGUAAUUUGCUGAAGGUACAAGACACUCAGCUUGAGCUUUUGACGAAUGGUACAUUGUGGCUCAUCACUGACCAUGCUGAUGGAGAGCGAGCUAUUGCAAGCUUGUUGCACAAGAGGAUGCCGAUGUACCUCAUGGUGAUAUCAACACACACGACACCCAUCUCAGGACUGCGAAAUAUUAUUGCUGGACUUGCCGCACAAAAUAUCGAAAACAUAUGCUUGUUGCCCAUGGCCUCAUUCUGGAGAACGUCAAAUAGCCCAAUGGAUGAAGAUAUAGGAACUAUUAUCACAGAAUUUGGAGACCAUCUCGCGUACCUGUAUGGCACUCCCGACCAAAUCCUGGCACACAGUAACAUUGGGAAGCGUGCGCCUGGCAGUGUUGGUGUUCGCCUUGCCAGCCUCAGGGACGUAGAGCGCUGUUCAGUACUUGUGGAACAAAUUGUUGACGUUUGCUGCCUCAGGGUAGUCCCGAGCAGCACUGGCCGCUACUUGGAUACGAUAAACGAGAAGAUCUGUCGUUGGCACUUCCCUGACCUCCGUGACAAUGACUUGGACUGGAUGUUUGAAAUUGUGUCGUGCAGCAUGACUAAUUACAACCCUUGCCCGAGCCUGGUGCUGCCGAGGGACAAUCUUACUCACGGCGGUGUUGAACGGCUCUUUGAGACCUUGAGCAAGUCUUAUGUCAGUCCCGUGUCGUCACAGAAGAUGACCAUAUACUGCGAGCCGCACUCCAAGCUCACGUGGCCAUCAACUAGUGAGAAAAUAAAAUGUGUUGAGUUGUCAACCAUCACCAUCCUACAAUGGAAAUCAGAACUGACGGGCAAAAAGUCGACUUGUCAAUGAAUGGUCUAAAGAAGCCAUCGUGGACCCGCCCUGGUCCAUGUACCGUGUAGAAUGGUUCUACCUGACCGUGGACUGCGGGGGGACGGUGGUGGAGAACCUGGCAGUGGAAUGCUGGGGGACGGUGAUAGAGGACCUGGCAGUGGACUGCUGGGGGAUGGUGAUGGAAGACCUGUCAGUGGACUACGACUGCAGGAGAUGUUGAGGGUUGUCUUGUCUGCACAUCACCUCAUCGGUCUUCCCCCGACUGUGAGGAUGUGUUCGCAGGAAUAAGUUGUCGUCGGCGGUCUGCACGAGGCUGCGGUGAAGCCCGGCGUCGUGUAUAACUCUGGACCAAGAGAGCUUUAUUCUUCAGUGGAAAUUCUUCGUUCAUUUUGAUGAAGUAGUUCGUUCGAGUUGAUCGGAAAAGUGUGGCUUUAAUCACGUUUAUUUAAUUACUUUUUUUUUAUUCAGAAGUGUUAUCAUAAUUCCCCUCUUGCUUGAAUAUUUUUUUAAUCCUCUUUUUUGUGUCAUGUUUGGUUUGGGCCAGGUCAGGCACGUCGCUGGGGCCGAACCUUUCUUGGUGAAGAUCUUUUCGUUGUUUGCUCGAGUGGAAUUCCUGUUUUUUCUUAACGUUGUAGUGGGCCAACGCAGGCAUAACUUGUGAGGUGGUAUCCUGCGUAACCUGGCCCCAUAUUUGUUUAGUUGUUAGUGUUUAACCUCCGCGAACCUUAUCCCCGUUCAAUACCUGUAGGUAAGUGGACACAAUAACGUUUAGAACUUCACCUUUCGAAAUUUCGUUUAAGGUCAUCGGAUGUUGAUGAGAGCCGAGAUACUUUUGUGAUGAAGACAUCGGUCGCUGAUGAAGGGGUAAAGCGUGUGUGGUGAAAACAAUAUCUGAUUUUGAUGAUGGCUCUUAAGCUUUUUGUGAGCAUGAGGACCUUGGGCAUUGAUGAGUUAAGUUGGGCUUUUGUGAAGUGAUUUUAGUUUGCCGUCAGAGGUUACUCCGUUAAUCUUUGUGCAAUUAGCGUGAAAAGGACUCGCCUUAAGUACUGGAGAAAUUCCAUUUGUUCAGUUUACAGAUUUUGUCUCGUAAUCAAUGGAUAAUUAAUUUUUGUUCAGAAGCAGGCAUCCCUUCUAUACAUUUUCUGGAAUAAAAAGUUGACCAAUAAUAGAUAAUCAUUCUUACUUGUGGUAGAGUUUAGUUCACUCUCAACAAAUGCUUAUCACAGUUUCUCGUUUAAUUUCUGCAAAAAUUAUGAAGGGUUACAUUUCAAUUGAUCAGGUAUUAAUAUUAAUAAGUUACAGCAACUUGUUAAUGUUCUUGAAAUCAUUUCUCAUCCAACCAGACUUUUGGCAAAUUUGAACUUGGUACGUCAAUCCUUUACUUUCAGUAAUUGUCUACUGGGCUCGCGUUACGGGGCUCCAGCGUAACAUGGAUUAAAGUUCAACUUUUGUGCCUUAAAAUCUUUUAUUUAUUUGAGCCUUUAAAUACAAUGGAUACUUAUUUCUGA